AUGCUGAUGGCCGACAUGGGAGCAGAGGUUAUCAAGGUGGAAGCGCCCAAGUCCGGUGAUGACACCAGACGUUAUGCGCCGCCCUUUCUGCAGAAGGGCCCCGGUGAGGACUCAGAUGUGGCAGCAUACUUCACGAGCUGCAACAGGAACAAGUACAGUGUGGCUGUCGACUUCAAGACCAAAGAAGGCCAAGAUGUCGUGAAACACCUGCUUGGAAGUGCUGAUAUCGUCAUCGAGAACUUCAAAGCCGGUGGCUUGGCAAAGUAUGGCUUGGGAUACGACCAGCUGAAGGAUGACUUCCCUCAGCUGAUCUAUUGCAGCAUCACUGGCUUUGGCCACACUGGACCUUACAGCAAGAGACCUGCUUAUGACAUGCUGAUCCAGGCCAGGCCUGGCGACUGCUUUCUUCAGGGCAUUGGGAUGUAG